GGAGUACAAGAGAGCGUGUGCGAGUGUUUGAAAAGCGCGGCGAAAAACGGGCCACACGGCGCGGCGGGCGGCACUCGGCGCGGCGCACAACAGCGGGCCGGCGGCUGGAGGGAGCAUGGCGCUGCUGUAUGAAUUAUCCCUCAUCGUGAAGCACAUGCCCAAGACUAGAACAGUAACAACAGUGAAAAGAGUUGCAGAAUCUAUCCUGGAUGAAGGUGGAUUUGUAAGCAAGAUUGAGAGUUUGGGUGCAAGAGACCUUCCCUACCGGAUGAAAGCUCAUGGUCAAAUACACUCCAAAGGAAGCUAUUUCUUGCUUCACUUUGUGGCACCACCCUCAAACUUAGAUGACAUACGUGAUAACUGCAAGCGAGAUGUUGAUCUGGUAAGACCUGUCAUAUUCAAACAAGAAACUCUUCCGUCAACAGUCUGUACACUUCAUGAAGAAAUCAAGCCACCAGUAUACAGAUCUGAGGUGCAAAAGAUGAUAAAAGAAGCCAAACAAAGGGUUCCAAUCCCUCAGAGAAGGAAGUUUAAGUUAACUACUAGUAUUGGCUACAAUCCAUUCUAAAUAUCACAGGUAUAUUUUCAGUUUAGUUGUAAGACUUAUGUACAAAGAAUUUAAAAAUAAAUUUAAACUAAUUGAAA